GACCCAGGAGCCUGACACGCGUGGAGUGGUGCUGAGCACGGUGUAGCGCUUGUGGAUCAAAUGGGACUUGUAGAUGCCCUCGGGGGUUUAGUCUCAUGCAUGGGAAGCCUCGAUGACUUUCAGGAAGGGACCUGAUCGGCGACUCCUCCCUGCCCCAGGGCGCGUGUAAACAGCCGCACGUGGACGCAGAUUUGGGGGACGCACCCACGUCCCUUCCCACUGGGGCCGCCCCGCGUUGGGCGGCGGUUGGAGCCGCGGGAAGGUGGCUAGACAGGGUGACCCGACUGCAUUCCUGGCCGGUUUGUCAGCGCCACUUCCCGCCCCCUCUGCCAAGAUUUAGGAUCCUACUCCAGAAUUGGGGCACCACUUCUAUCCAGCUCCUGCCCCGCCCCGUUCUCCGCUCCCCGAAGCCGAAGCCCGAGCCGGAGGAAGCCCCCCGGUGCCAGGAUCUGCCCGGAUCCGCGCCUGCUCCGGCCGGCACCAUGGACAGCGAGGCAUUCCAGAGCACGCGGGACUUUCUGGACAUGAACUUCCAGUCGCUGGCCAUGAAACACAUGGAUCUGAAGCAGAUGGAGCUGGACACCGCGGCAGCCAAGGUGGAUGAACUGACCAAGCAGCUGGAGUCGCUGUGGUCAGAUUCUCCUGCGCCUCCUGGCCCGCAGGCCGGACCCCCUUCUAGGCCGCCCCGGUACAGCUCCAGCUCGAUCCCUGAGCCCUUUGGCAGCCGAGGGUCCCCACGGAAGGCGGCCGCCGAUGGCGCAGACACCCCAUUCGGACGAUCAGAGAGUGCCCCAACCCUGCACCCCUACAGCCCGCUGUCCCCCAAGGGCCGGCCGUCGUCACCACGCACCCUGCUCUACCUGCAGCCGGACGCCUACGGCAGCUUGGACCGCGCGCCCUCGCCCCGACCCCGCGCCUUCGAUGGCACAGGCAGCUCCCUUGGCCGUGCGCCCUCCCCGCGGCCCGGGCCAGGCCCGCUCCGCCAGCAGGGUCCUCCCACGCCUUUCGACUUCCUGGGCCGCGCAGGCUCCCCCCGCGGCAGCCCCCUGGCGGAGGGGCCCCAGGCCUUCUUCCCAGAGCGCGGGCCUUCACCGCGCCCCCCUGCCACCGGCUACGACGCGCCGGCGUCCGCCUUCGGGAGCUCCCUGCUAGGCUCGGGCGGUAGCGCCUUCGCCCCGCCUCUGCGCGCACAAGACGACCUGACACUGCGCCGGCGGCCCCCGAAAGCCUGGAACGAGUCUGACCUGGACGUGGCGUACGAGAAGAAGCCUUCGCAGACAGCGAGCUAUGAACGCCUGGAUGUCUUCGCCCGGCCCGCCUCGCCGAGCCUGCAGUUGUUGCCUUGGAGGGAGAGCAGCCUGGAUGGACUGGGGGGCACCGGCAAGGACAACCUCACCAGCGCCACCCUGCCGCGCAAUUACAAGGUCUCUCCUCUGGCCAGCGACCGGCGUUCCGACACGGGCAGCUACCGCCGCUCGCUGGGCUCCGCGGGGCCGUCAGGCACUUUGCCUCGCAGCUGGCAGCCCGUCAGCCGCAUCCCCAUGCCCCCCUCCAGCCCCCAGCCCCGCGGGGCCCCGCGCCAGCGUCCCAUCCCUCUCAGCAUGAUCUUCAAGCUGCAGAAUGCCUUCUGGGAGCACGGAGCCAGCCGCGCCAUGCUCCCUGGGUCCCCCCUCUUCACCAGAACACCCCUGCCUAAGCUGCCUCCCCAGCCCCAGCCACAACCACAGCCCCAGCCACAACCACAGCCCCAGCUGCCCCCACAGCCCCAGCCACAACCCCAACCCCCUACCCCAGCCCCCCAGCCUCCCCAACAGACAUGGCCCCCUGUGAACGAAGGACCCCCCAAACCCCCCACCGAGCUGGAGCCUGAGCCGGAGAUAGAGGGGCUGCUGACCCCAGUGCUGGAGGCUGGUGAUGUGGAUGAAGGCACUGUAGCAAGGCCUCUCAGCCCCACAAGGCUACAGCCAGCGCUGCCACCGGAGGCACAGUCGGUGCCCGAGCUGGAGGAGGUGGCACGGGUACUGGCGGAAAUUCCCCGGCCCCUAAAACGCAGGGGCUCCAUGGAGCAGGCCCCUGCCGUGGCCCUGCCCCCUACCCACAAGAAACAGUACCAGCAGAUCAUCAGCCGCCUCUUCCAUCGCCAUGGGGCGCCAGGGCCCGGGGGGCUGGAGCCAGAGCUGUCCACCAUCACUGAGGGAUCUGAGGCCAGGGCAGGGCCUCCUGCUCCUGCCCCACCAGCUCCCAUUCCACCCCCGGCCCUGUCCCAGAGCAGCCCACCAGAGCAGCCGCAGAGCAUGGUAAGUAAUACAGGAGGAAACUGGGGUAUGUUUGCUACGUGGAUCCAAGGGCUGUAGCAAAGAGCCCCCCAAAUACAGUGUAGAUGAGA